AUGAACCACUAGCAUAUUAGUAAAAUUUAAAGGACUUCUCUUAGUUUAGAUGAGUUAAAGUUAAGAUAACUCUACGAGCCAGAGAGGACAAUUUACAAGACUGAGAAGUUAUCCAUUUCUGAUAUUGAAUAGGUUUGGCAGAGACGUGAUAGAUUAGAAAGGUUUUAAAAAAAAUAAACAAUCGAGUAGUUACUCAAAGUAGAUUAAGUUAAUGAUGAAAAAGCAUAAGCACUUAAAGAAGUCAUAUAGAAAAAAAAUUUGGAGAGCUUGUCUCUUGAAUAAAAUUCUCCAGAAACAUAUAUAGCAAAUAUAAUAAAAUUUAUAGAGACAUAUUUGCCUAGCCAUAAUUAUACUACUCAUUUCUUAAAGGGAUAAAACAAAUACAUGAAAUCCUUUUCUGAAGACAGCAAAUAAAUAUUUUGGAAUCCGUGUAAAGCUCAUCAUGAGACAAAAAAAAGAAUUAUGUGCGUACUACCGACUUUGAGGCAUCUUUACGAGUCCUGUGGAGUUGAAAUAUAUAAAGAAACUAUUUAAGAAAUGAUUGUUUUAUUUUAUUAAAUUUACAAUUCCAGCGAUAUUGACCUUUAUCUCUCUGCUUUUGAAGACAAUUUUUUGUAUAAAAACGUUUUGAAGCUACUUGAUAUUAUAGCAGCUUAGGAAAAAAUUGUUAAAAAAAAAGAGAAUGUUGCAACUGAGAAAAAGGAAGAAGGAACAUCUCAUCAAAGUACUAAAACUAAGUAGCUUCUUGUUGCUCCCUCUAAAAAAAAAGUAGUUAAAAUUCUCAUAACAGAUGAGCCAUCUUAUGUAAAACUUAUUGGAAAAGAAAUUAAAUUAUUCAAGUACAGCUUGUUCCCAAUGGUACACUACUUAUAAGUAGCAAGAGUUAAUUAUGAAAGUCAUACACAAGAAUAAUAAGAAAUUGUAAAAAACCAUGCUUAAUUGAUUAGGCUAUUUGGAUUCAAUAUUCAACAUUUAGAAAACUAAACAACUGCUGCUGACUAAAAAGUACAUAAAUUAGAGAAAUGGAAAAUUAAGAAAUGGUGCAAACAUGUUUUAAAUCAUUUAAGCAAUUAAUUGGGACUUCUUGAUAAAGAAAAGUUAACUUUAAAAUGUAGACUUUGUGAUUCUAAAAUAGAUGUUUCUGAAGCAAAACCUCAUUCUGAAAUUUGUCUGAAAAAUUCUUAAACAAAGAAAAAAAUAUUGGCUAUGGAUUAAGAGUUGGUACAUUUAAUUAAUGAGUCUGUUAAACUCAGAAAUUAGUAUCGUAAAGACAUGAAUUUAAUGAUAGUUAAGCAGGCAAGGUAAAUAAGAAAUGCAUAAAAGGAAGAUGGUUUAGAUAAAUUUGGGGAAGACUAAUCUCCUACUAAUAAUAGUUAACACACUCUAGCUAAACCUACAACUAGCAGUAGGAGAUUAAGACCUAUGCUCUCCAUGUGCUCUUCAGAUCAAGUUUAUAAAGAGGAUGAAAACACAAAUAAUGAGGCUAUAUCAAAUCACUCCCUUAGCGUAGUUGAUGAAGAUAGCUUGUCAAAUUCUAGCUAAAGUAGAAUUGGCCAUAAUAUAUCUCCUUCUAUUCGUAUUGAGAGAAAGUCUGGAAGACGUAUUGGAACAUAAAUACAUAGUGAAAAGAUUCCUUCUAUAUCAAAUAUACCUAAGAAAAUAGUUGAAUUAGAUGAAUAAAAAUUAGAACAAUUCAAGAAAAAUGGUGAUGUCUUAAAAGAAUUGAUUACUUAUGGAGAGAAGGUCAUUAAUGCAAACGAAUAAACUUUAGAUAUUAGAAAUGAAAUUUAGCUUAAAUAAAUGAUUGAAUCUUUAAAGGGGUCUUUCACAUCAGAAGAUGAUCAGAUUAUGAGCUAAUUAAUUAAUAAAUUUGAGUUACAUUUAUAAGAAAGAAUAGAAAUCACUAAGAAGGCUUAAAAGUAUGAUUAAAACUUAAGAGAUACUAGCUCUUCUAACACAAAUGUAAACUCUAGUGCUUAAGCUCAAAAUAAAAAAAAUAUGUUGACUGGUAUUUCUGGUUCUGUUAAAGUUAAGAAUUUUAAAUUUGGUACGACUUCUUUGAAUAAGCCAAAGAGCGGGUUUAAUACUCCUACUGCUUAAUAAGCUACUGCAAAUAGUGAAAGUGAUGCUUAAUAGCCUUAACAAGAUUCACAGUCCCAGUCACAGGAAGCUGCUGCAGUUGCCUCGCCUAAACCAGAAGAGAAAAAAGAGGAACCGAAGAAAAAAAUGAUGGUAUUUGGUUCAAAUGCAAAUAAAAAAUUGUAAGAAAAAUAAGCUGCUAAAAAAACAUAGUCAGGCAUUAUAGAACCAAGUGAACUACAGUAGUAAGCAACAUCAUCAAUGAGUAAUAGUUUGAAUAGUGCACAAGGAACAAGUGCAUCAAUAAAUGCUUCAUUGGAUUCCCUUCAAGCAAAUCUUUCAACCAGUGAAAGCAUAAAUAUUCCAGCAUAAAAUUCUUAAAAUAAUACUCCUACUGCAUAGAGUGAUUAAAAUAAAACUGCUCAGCCUAAUUCAACAUCUGAAAAUAGUGCUCCAAAAUAAGAAGCACCUAAGAAGUUUAAUAUAAUUAGCUCUAAGCUGAAGCAAAAUCUAACUAUGAAAAAUCAAACUAAGCAAGAAACUGUCUCCUAAUCAUUAGAUAAACCUUAGUCCUCAGUAGCUCAAUCAACAACUCAAAGUUAGCCAUAAACAGCUGCAUAGACUCCACCAUAAGCAUAAACAUAGACUCCGUAAACCUAAGUCAUUAAAGAACCUGAAUAAAAUGGAGUAAAUAAAUAGAAGGUAGAAGAAAAUAAUCCUUUGAAAUCUGAAACAAAGUAAACUGAAGAAGAAAAUAAAAUAGAAUAAAACACCGCUAAAAAAGAAUAAGCUCUAGAAAAGGAAACAUAAAAUGAUCUACCUAAGCAAGAGGAAGAAGUUAAUAGCAAUUCUGAAAAAAUGAUAAAAGAAGAAGGCGAAAUUAAAAGCAAAGACAGUAAUGCAAAAAGAAAACUCUUUAAAAGAAACGCAUCUAAUAUUAUGGAGGAAGACGAAGAUUUAGAAGAUGAAGAUAGUGAAAGUUCUGUAAGUUCUGUAAGCAAAUCUUUUUCUAAAAAGUCUUUGGAAAAUGUUGAGGCUAUUUAGGAAGAUGAAAAUGAAAAUGUAGAUUCUCCUUAAUUAAAUGUACAAAAGAGAGAGUUUCCUAAAGCCAAAAUAGAGGAUAGAAGGCAAUCUGCAUUCGCUAAAGUCCUUGGAUCAACUCCCAUGCCUCCUAGAAAAUUAGAUUAAAGUCCAAGCCAAUAAGAUAAGCUAAACCAAUUUAAGUACUAUUAAAGUAUGAAAAGAAAGAGUGAAGGAGAUAGCCCAUAAACAUAAUAAACACCAUAAAUACAAUCAAGCGAUAAAUUAGAUUUGAAGUCGUUAGCAAGUAUUAAAAGUCUAUAAACAGAUUCAAAUAGUUCAUUAGACGAAUUGUAAGCAUAGCCUUAGUAAAUUUAAGAAUCUAAAAACAAAUAAUAAGCUGAGUAAGAUAUACCAACUGACAUAGAUGAAAAUGAUCCAGUUGCAAAACUUGCCUUAAAGAUUAUGAAAAAUAACUCUUCUCUUUCUGAGAUUCCUUCUGAGAAUAUGUUGGGAGAAUAAAAUUCUUAGAUUAUUCCUGAAGAAAGUGAGAGUGGCAGCUCUGUUUAAUUUAGUGAGAGCACAAUUGGAAAGAUCAGUGAGUCAAAUUUACCAUCAGAUUCCUAGCUUUUAAUCAUAAACAAUUUAAUGACUUUAUCAAACACUCCUUAAAGUUCAUAGAUUUUUUAAGAUUCUUAAUAAGCACAGACUUUGUCUCCUCCAAAAGACGCAAGUAAAUCUAAGUAAAUAAAAUUAUCAUUACAAAGCCUAGAAAAAUUUUUACCUGCAAAUGAUUAAAAUGAUGCUUUGAAAGAGAAUUAAAAUAGUAAUAAUAAUAGUGGAAAUAAUUAAGAUAAUUAAGAGAAAGAAUAAUUAUAAUCAAAUACAUGUAAAGAUUAAAAUAAAGACUAAGAUCAUCUCUCUACAUAAGAAGAUUCACCAACAGAAAAAGGAGGUGAUAAAAAUGAUGAAUAGCAGUAAAAGAGUAGAUUCUUUAAGGAAUCUAAAAGCUUGAAAAUCGAUGAGGAAAAUGAAAACAAAGAAUUAAGUUCUAAAGAUUACGACAACAUCUUAGCUGAAGAUUUAGAGUCAUUAUCUAAAAAUGAUAAAUAAAAUGAUUUAGACUUUGCUCGUUUCGAGGAUUCAAAGAAUCUUAUUGACAGUAAAAUAUCAAGUGAUAGCUUUGAUAAUGAUUUAAAUAAAGAACAGUAAACUGAUAAGAAAAACAUGAAGUACUUCAGUUCGAGUUCAGAUAGUGAUGAUAGUGAAGCAGACUAAAUGAUAGCUUCACUUUUAAACGAAAGUGCUUUAGGUUCAGGAAGCGAUUCUGAUGAUUCCGAUAAACCUGCAUUCAUGAAAAUAAUUAAAGACAAAGAGCAAAUAAAAUUACUUGAGAGUUAAAAGAGUAGAUUUUCAUUUAUUACACCCUAAAUGAUUUCUGACGAUUCUGAAGAUUAAGGAUAUGAGUCAAAAAUUUUAACAGAAUAAGCAAAUAAUUUGUAAAACUCUAAUAAUUAAGACUAACAGUAGGCAUCUACAAAUCACAAACCAUCAAACGAUAAUUAGAUUAGUGAGCCUAUUAAAGAAAAUAAUGUUAAAGAAGAAGAAGAUAACAACGAGGAAGAAGAGCAAAGCAAUCAAAAUGGCGCUCCUAAUAAUGAAGAGUAGUAAGUUGUCAAAAAAUACAGCAAUAUACCCUCAGUCUACACAAAUUAUCCUGAUAUGCCUGACUUUUCACAAUACAAUAUUAUUACUGAAAAAGGUUUCAAUAGUGAUUCUGAAUUUGUUAAAUUGGAUACACAAAAGAAGAAAGAUCAAAUGACAGUAGGCUUCAAAGAUUUUGAGUUCAUAAAAAUGCUAGGAAAGGGUGCUUACGGAGGAGUCUACCUAGUUAAAAAGAAAAAUACAAAUGAUUUAUUUGCUAUGAAAGUUAUUGAUUGCUCUGGCAAAUUGGAUAAAAAAUAUUUGGAAACACUUUAAUCUGAAAAAAAUGUUUUCGAAGUUAUCACUGGAGACUGGGUAGUAAAGGCUUUUUACUCAUUUGUGCAUGAAAAUUAUCUCUGCUUUGUUCUUGAAUACAUGAUGGGUGGUGAUUUCAAUAAAAUUUUAAGUUUAUAUACUGCUCUCGAUUAAUGGAUUGUAGAAAUAUAUAUUGCAGAGCUAGUUCUUGCUAUUGAAUAUCUGCACUCUAUGGAUAUUGUUCAUAGAGAUCUAAAGCCAGAUAAUAUGCUUAUAGACACCACAGGUCAUUUAAAGUUAGCUGAUUUUGGUCUAUCAGAAGUAGGUUUUAAAACUAAACUUAAUAAACAUAUUAAUAAAACCGAUGAAGAUCCUAGCUAAUAAGGAGCUGGAGAGUUGGUUGGAAUUAAUAUCGAUGAGGCAAAUAAAGAAAAUGAGUUUAAAAUAGAAAUUUAGGUAGAAGGUAUGAUCAAUAACGAAAAAGAAUAAUAAAAAAGAAUUGUUGGUACUCCAGAUUACAUAGCUCCUGAAAUUAUCACAGGAGAGUCAACAAACAAUAAAUCCCUUGAUUGGUGGAGCAUGGGAGUAAUUAUGUAUGAGUUCUUGGUAGGAUUGCCUCCCUUCAAUGCAGACAGCGUUGAAGAAAUAUUUGAUAACAUUAAAAAUUUAAGAAUGGAAUGGCCUGAAAUAGGUGAUAUUAAUGAUGGUGAUAAAAUAUCUCCUGAAGCUUAUGAUUUGAUUAAGAGAUUGUUAAAUCCUAAUUACAAAGAGAGACUAGGAGCUAAAGGUGUAAAGGAAAUUAAAGAGCAUGCAUUCUUCUAAAAUAUUAAAUGGAAUAAAUUGAGAAGCUAAAGACCUCCCAUCUAGCCCAAGAGCAAGCAGACAUAAGAAGCUAAAGAAAAGAGAGAAAAAGAUAAAGAAUAGAUGCAAUAAUUCUUAAACUCUUUAAAUAUCAAGCAAGGAAUGAGAAAAACUGAUGACGUUAGCAAAAAAUUAUAAGAAGGAUUGAAGGCACUCGAAAGACCUGAUUUAGUUGCUGAAUAAAACAUUUAAGAAGCUAAUCAAAUGAUAGAGGAUAAAAAUUACAAAAAAAUGCAGUUAUAAAAGAAAAUAGAUCAAGUCAAAAAGCUUCAAUAAAAGCUGGAGGAUGAAUUAUAGUCAUUUGCUCCUGUUAAGGUGUUAGACGAUUUUUCUACUUGA